AUUAGACUUUUUGAUACAAAUGCAAAUGAAUGGUCACAGAUGGAUGCCACCGGUGAUGUAAUUGAAUCAAGAAUAUAUUUUUCUUCUGUGUUAAGAUUUAACUUGGAUACUCAAUUGUAUUCUUCUUCUGCUGAAGUGUACCUUUAUAAUAUAAAAAAUAAUAAGUGGGUUACAACUUUUAACCCACCAACUACUAGUCCAAAUAUUAACCCUACUGAAACUUCUCUACCUGCAGAAAAGUCAUCAAAUCUUUGA